AUGGGCUGCACGUUCACAAAGGAGGACGAUGACGGGCGAGCCGAGCACAACCAGAUCGAGAAGGAGCUGAAAUUGGACCAUAUGUCGCGGACGCGGGAGAUCAAGAUCCUCAUGCUCGGCACCGGCGACAGCGGCAAGUCUACGGUGCUCAAGCAGCUCAAGCUCAUCAACGGCGGAGGCUACUCGGACGAAGAACUUACCUUCUUCAAAGGCGUCAUCUGCACCAACAUCGUCCAGUCGAUGCAGGCCGUCCUCGAGGCCAUGGACGUGUUCGGCAUCCCCUUCGCCAGUCCCGCCACCGCGAAUCCACACGCGAGCCUGAUCUUUUCGCACCGGCAACAAAUCACGGCCCGAGAGCUGUCGCCCGCCGUGUACGGUGCUGUGAAGACGCUGUGGGACGACGCUGGCGUCAGGGCCUGCUUUUCGCGGUGCAGCGAGUUCCAAGUCUGUGACUCGGCGCAAUACUACUUUGACCAAAUCGACCGGAUCGCCGCCGACAGUUUCGUCCCCAACGACCAGGACAUCCUUCGCUCGAGGCAGAAAACCACGGGCGUGGCCGAGUUCUCCUUCACAGCCACCUCGACGUCGUCCACGGACACGGUGUACCGCAUCAUCGACGUGGGCGGGCAGCGAUCCGAACGCAAGAAAUGGAUGCACCAUUUCGAGGACGUCGAUCUCGUGCUCUUCCUGGUGGCCCUGUCCGAGUACGACCAGGCCCUGUACGAGGACGGGUCGGUCAACCGGUUGCAGGAGGCCCUCGAUCUGUUCCACAGCAUCUGCCAGUCGCAGUGGUUCCGGCGCACGGCCGUCCAGCUGGUCUUCAACAAGACGGAUCUGUUCCGGGAGAAGCUGAAGCAUUCGCCCUUGGAGGCCUACUUUCCAGAUUUCCAAGGCGGCGCCGAUUACGCAGCGGCCCGCGAGUACAUCGCCAACAGGUUCAUCUCCAUGGGCCAGACGAGAUACCCGGACAACUACCUCUGCGCGACAGACACGGCCCAAGUCAGACUGCUCAUGGGAAGGAUAAUCGACAGGUUGUGA